UAAAAUAUCGAUUUACUUUUUCAUGCAAUUUCAAGACCGGCCACCAAGAAAAUCAGUUAGAAUUAAAAAAGAAGUUACAGACUUUUUGUCUUCAGGCUUCUGUCAGGUGAUGGUUUUGGAAAAUACACCGUGUUUUACAAUUUAAUAGAAUAUUGUAUAUUGGGACUAUGACGCCAAAUAUUUUUAAAUUAUUUUACAUUCGAUAUACGUAACAAACAAUUUUGUACCAACAUAAAAAAUGGCUAAUUUUGCGUUGCUUUGGAAGGCACGCAUUAUCGAGAAAUAUAGAUCGGAAUAUGAAAAAGAGAAAAUUAAUUCAGUGCUACAAACCAAUGUUGAAGUUCCGAAGAACACGUUGAUGCAAAAAUGGUCACAUUACAGUUACAAUACGAAAAAACGUUUGGUAAAGAAGUUUAAACAUUUGUGCCCCGAAGGAUCUUCCGUUUUCAAUUUAUUGGUUUAUUUGACAACCGAUCAGACAUUUCCAAAUUUCUUAAUGAAGAGCGUCAUUGGAUUUAUUGGAGGGAUUGUAUUUACAUAUUUAUGCUUCAUGUUUUUCGUAUUUCAAUUAUCAAUAUCCCUGAUGCAUGCUACUAUUAUGAGCUCGAUAAUCGGCGUCCUACUUACUUUGGGAUUGGCUUUUAGCUAUCGAGUAAGAUGUCUUGUAUUUCUACUGAUACCGCAAUUCUUCUCCCGUGUUGGGAGAUAUACGUUGACCUGCUAUGCUUUAGUGCUGAUACUGACAGGCCCUGCGACAAACACAUUGAAGAACUCUGAAGUGUUAUCAGAAUCUAUGGCUUGUCAUCAGGAACAAAUAAAGACAAGCGUAAAGGAUAUAACAGAUUCCAUAAAGAAUCCAUUUAACGCCAUGAAAGAUUGGAUAGAGACAAUGACGGAAGGUAUAAAAGGCAUCGCAAAGAAACUAAAAACUACACUAGUUACGACACAUCGAUUGGUGAUUAGUAUUGCUAACGUUCUAGAAUCAUCCUUUCCAUGGUUGAAUUCUAUCACGAAGAAAUGUAACCAAAAGUUAGGAACGCCGUACCAACAUUGCGUCCGUAUGUUGAACCUAGGUGGUAGCAAUAGGAUUUUACGAUCAAAAGUACCAAGGUUCUUUAACUUUGAUUAUCUGGCUGAAGUCUCAUGCCAAUCUUUGAAACGAUUCAGAAGAAUAUGUGAAAUUGCUGAUUAUACUAGGACUACUAUUAUUGCCACAAUGAAAAGAAAAUUCAAGAGCUUCGCUAAACGUGUCCAGUCAUUACUCUGCGUUAAGAUCCACGUCCAUCAUUCGUAUUCGUUCAGUAGCAAUGCUAGUCGCUCCGCUAGUCAGGUCGCGGCUGGUAUUGUUACUGAGAUCAGGAACAGAGCAGACCCAUUGCUGACUUGGUUGUCUUGGAGCUCUUGCGUCACUAGCUUGUUUUUAUUACUUAUUAUUUUUAGAGCUAAAAAGUACCAACACAUGUACGACACUAGAUCUCGUUUCGACAAUCGUUAUAUUACUAAAGAGCUUCGUAACUUGGAUUUUGAAAGGCUUAAAGAAGGCAAAGAAACGGUCCUCCCGUUGAAUCGCCGAGAGAAAGCCAAAUAUAUCACUACAACUUCAUUCAGAUUAUUAGCAUCAGAGAAAGUCUACCUAACUCGGUCUAUAGUUCACAUGGUGAUCACGACAUUUAAGCUGCUUAUCCACAUGGCAGCCGAUUAUAGUCUGUACUGGGUGUUGAUGACGAUACGAUAUCAUGAGAGAUUCCAAACGCCUUUGCAACCGGGACCAACAAAUGCAGGUGUUCAUGUAUCUGGAAGUGGCCCAGUGGCAGAAAUGCUACGUUCUUUGAUCGGAUUCCUGACCCUACCUCUAUCCGCACAUCCAUCUUCCACUGUCUCUUGUCUACCCAACCCUGACCCGCCGGAUUUGUACCGAUAUACACAAAUAGGUGUACUGAUAUUUCUUCUAUGGUUCUUUGCUCUAUUUGAGCCUUAUGGGUUACGAUUGAGUCACGUUAUAAUGGGACAUUAUAGACCAGAACGAGCGAAAGCUAGAGCGUUGUGGCUUUACAAUCAUAUAUUGAAGAGUAGAGGUGGUUUCAUGAAGUUCGCUAGAAGAAAAUUGCAUAAAGAAUAUAAAUAUUUUAAUAAAGAUAACCUAACUUUUGUAGAAUGGCUGGAUUCUAUUUUGCCAUGCUGGUGGCUACGUUGUUUACUAGGAACAUUACCAAAAGAACCAAAUUGUUUGCUCUGUGGAACUUUUGAGGAGCCAAAUAAAUUGGAUUCGAAACUUAUCAGAUGUGAUACUCCUAAAUGUCCAGGUGUAUAUUGCGAACAUUGCUUCAAUGAUUUAGGACAAUUGUGUACAAUUUGCUUGAAUCCCGCGGACUACGGUGAUUUGAGUGAUGUUAGUUUAGAAAAAGGUUCUUCUGAAGAUAGUAAUAGUGAUUGUCAGGAUUUCGAUGAACUAAUGGAUGCUGAAGAUGUUACAAAUUUUAGACACGCCAAAAAUAUUAUUAACAAACCGAAAAAGAUUUGUGAACGGUUUGAAUUGUUGCCGAAAAAGCAAAUAGAUACAAGAGAUUGUUUUUUAACUCAAACAAAAAGUAACUAUGUUAAAGAGGAUUCGCUAACAUAUAAGAAUGGUAGACGUCCACUUGCUGAAUUGAAUGGGAACCAAAGAAAAGCAAAUAUAAUUGGACAUUUCAAUAAUGGUUACCAAUUUGAUAUGAAAUUUGAAACAAAUUUGAUGCCUUUAACUGUAUCUAGUAAACAGUACAAUAAUUUAUAUCCUAGUAGCACAUAUUAUCCAACAAGUAUGGACGAAAAAGUAGAAAAAUGGAGAAUAUCCAAACACAAUGUGAAUUCCAAACUCAAUAAUUAUGUCCCUAAAAAUUCAAAAGGUAAUAAAGAAAACAAUGAUUUAAAAAGACUUUUCUCGGAGUACAACGACGCUGGAGAUAAUUUGAAAUAUAAAAGGAAAAACGAAAUAAAGACAAAGGAAAUGAAACUAAAGCCAUAUAUUAUGGAUUAUCUGAGAAAUAAAGUGAACAAAAUGCAAUUUCGUAGAUUGAAUUUCUUAUCAACAAGCUUAACUUCAUUGAGUGAUUCUAAAUAUAGAUGUAGUACCAGAAAUAAUUUCCAUGACGUAUUAACAGGUUGCAGUGACUAUCCAUCCCCAAAAUCUAGUUACUAUGUGAUAAAAUUUAAAUCCAGUUCUCUAACAGUUUCUAGAGUGGCACAUUCUAAUAAAAUAGCCAAGAACUUACGACAUAAUUACAAAAGCAUUUUCCGAUGCAGUAGCAAAGAUAGAAAAAGUAAUUCUCGUUUAUUCGCAAAUGAAACUGAUUAUUGUAGCUGUGAUUAUAACUUUAUCGAACCACAGAAUAUAUCUGAUUAUUGUAAAAGUUCGUGUUUUAUAAAAUCCAGUAAAUCAGAAUCAAAUUCUAAGCAAACAUUGGACAAUAAAAAAACAAGUAAAACACCUCAGGAUGAAUCUAACAAAGAAGAAGUAUCUAAAAAUAACGAAGGCAAUGAUAAUAAUGCAUCAGGUCAGGGUGAUAAGCAAGAACCAAAUAAGCCUGAGAGUAAAAGUACUUGUCGUUGUAUCAAGAGGAUGCGUAGGCUUUGCUUCUGUCGGCAUAGAAAAUUUAGUUUCACCCCGUGCUCAGUUUUUAAGAAAAUGUUCAGAAAUAACAAGAAAGCAUCGCCUCGAUCCCAGAAAACUAAUCACAAGAAAAGAAAAAAGAAUAGUCACUCGUCAAGUCGUAAAAGUGAUGAAAACACAAAGAGAGAUAAGGAUGACGAGGCUGCUAGGAUUUAUAGACUGUCUGAAUACAUCGGCCAACAGGAUUGGAAGAAAACACAAUUUAGUAAAUCGAAUCAUUUGGAAUUGAAAAAGAGGAAAAUAUUUAGAACUAAUUCAGCUAAAAGUUUGCACAGACUUAAACUUCAUUCUGGAUCGAAAAUGGUCGAUGUUGUAAAUAUUUCUAAAGUCAAACAAAAGAAGAAAAACAAUACGAAACUGAUUAACGCAAUUGAAGAUGUAAUAGCUGGACAAGAAACAGAUAUUGAAUUAAAAUCAAAUUCAAAGAAAAUGACCAUCACAACAGCAGAAAAUACCGGGAAAACCGCGAAAUCCUUAGUGACGCAUAAAUGGUUUAAUAAUUACUAUUCAUUGCUUCCAAAUACUUCCUCCUUUUCAUUAAGAACAAUCAUGAAGGCAAAGAGAGCAGCCAAUUCUGUCUCCGACUACGGCAUGUCUAGAAGUUUAAGAUAUUAUUGUUCUAUAGGAAAUACUGAAUUCGAUCAAAUUGAUUGGCCGGAUGCAUUUAAAACCCGAGGUCUAACGAAACAUUUAUUGAAAAAGGAAGAAGGAACUUUGAAAUCGUUAAAGGGUGAGAGUGAAGCAUCUCCAUACCAUAGCUGUUGCUGCAGUUCAGAAGAUAUAUCAAAGAAAUAUUUGAACAAUUUAAAACAUUAUCAACCUAAUAAUUUAGCUUCGUCAGUUACGUUUAAUUUCAAAACUGAAUUUGAAAUGCUCUCGAAGCCUGUUCGCGGCAUUAAAUUGAAAUCCAUCAAACAUGCAAUGUCUGAUCGGUUUUUACAUUUGAGAUUACGAAAUCCACUGCCUUUGGUAAGAGAUUUUUACUCGAGUAUGCUUGAUGCGAAAAUGAGAAAAACACAUGGUAAAGAAAACGAUGGUAAAUGUAAAGCUGUAACGGUGCAUCCGAAACGUAGAUCGGCAACUUGCCAGUGUGACGGUGUCUGCGAUCAAGAAGAAGGCGACUGCCCAAAUUAUGAAUUUAAGCAAGAACGAGUUGAAUCGGUCAAUCGACGCCCUAUGCUGGAUACCUCCUGUGAGACAAGAGAGUUGCUGGUACAAAAGCCAGAGUUGUCGAAGACGUCGGCAGCAAAUCAGGCCACUUUGGAAAUGAAUCGGAGAGAAUAUCCAACAUCAACAUCUAACAACAGUCUCUCUACAGUUAACAUCAGAAGUAUGUCUUUCCUCAUCGUACAAAAAUCUAGAGAACAGCCCAGCAACACAGAGCCACUGCAAAGGGUGGAAACAGUUAAUAAAAGCGUUGACACUUCACACACAAUAAUACAUCAAAAAAGAAAUGAAAUAACAAACACAACACCAAUGCACAACAAGACACAUACAGCGGUCGGCUCCAGUCAUUUUGUAGAGACGGUAUAUCGGCCUGUAGAAACAGGCAUCCAACCAACAGAAUAUUUACAAGGAAGAAAUGUAUCCUCUACAUGUCAUAAGCAAAUGGAACUCAAUAAAACGGUAUCCACAUAUACACCGAGAAAAACUCAAAUGACCAACCAUCAAAAACCGUAUAUAUACCGACCUACGAACAAUGAAACUAAUUGCCCAGAAGAAGCUUCGUUGCCGACCCAUCCCGAACCCUUAGGUCUUGGCUCACCAAGAAAUAAAGGUGACGAUCAUAAUUCAUCAUUCCAAACGAGGCAACGAACAGUAGCUACAAGUGGAACAAAUAAUUACCAAGACGCGGGAAGUGAGUGGGAAAGGCAGUAUCAAAAGCAUCGUCAAGAAAAUGAAGCACUAGAACAAGAAAGAAAACGUAGAUUGCAACGAGAAGAUAAUAGGAAUAGACUCGAAAAUCGCAUAACACAAGGUGUACCAAAACGAGAUAGUUUAUCAAAGAUUAGAAAACGAUCAGAGAAAAAUUCUAGCACUAAUAAAAGUGACAACUACGAGUCUUGUUUUCAAACUGAACGCCAUUGUCCCAGUAAUGAUAAUCCAGUUAGCAAGAAUAGCCGCGAUGUGUACACCAGCCCGCAAAGAAUUGCAAGCCGGAUCACCAGUCGCGAUGGAUACCCCAGCAAUGAUAGACAAUUGAAUAAUUCAAAUAUUGAAAGAAUCCUAAGUCGAAACUCAGUAUACGAUAGGAACCCUGACCAUGAAAGAUAUCCUUCAUCUUACGACAGAUUUUCUCCAGUCUACGAUAGACUACUUGGUAAUGACCGAUAUGCUAACUUCGAGAGACGUAACUCCCGAACCAUACCUCGUGAAUUCCAAGAAAGCUAUCUCGGUCAAGAUAGGCUAUUGGGUCCAGAUAGUCGAGAUUUUCAAAAUGUAUCCGGUAAUGUGCCUGAAAGAUUAGAACGGAAAGAAUUAAGUAGACGGGAACGUAACAAAAUGCGUGAAGAACCUCGAAAACCGUCUAAGCGUGGCUUAGAUGUUGCGGAACAAGUUGACUGUGAAUGUGCGGAGGUUGCUAAAAAGGCAUCAAAGGGGACUGGAAAGGGUGAUGCAAAAAAGUCUAAAAAUUCAAAACCAAAAACAAAAACAGCAACAUGUCAAUGUCCGCCAUCACCAAUGUUGAAAACACCAAAAUUAAAGAAAAUGAAGUCGGACACGCGAAUGUCUACGGACGAGGACGUGGAUGUAAUUGUGGAUGAGGUGAGAACGACGUCUAGAUGCAGUCUGAGAGGAGGCAGGACGUAUACAAAAAUGGUUCCAGCUCCAACGCCAAGUUCCUACCCCAGAAUGAAUCGAGCCAGAUCGGCGUCCUGCACGUGGAAUGUGCAAAGUGAAAGUGAGAUUGGUGACUCGUGGAGCCAUGAGAUGCGACGAAGCGUUUAUACUACCACAUCUAAGUUAUUCGAGCGUGAACCAUCUCGCACGUACGGUGUUCCCACAUCGAUGGAUUGCAACGGUUGUUCCGACAACAAAUCGUUGUCAUCGCAAUCGUCUCGUGUCUCGUGUAGUAAAUCCUCUUGCUGUUCCUGUCCUUCCAACAAGAGAAGUAAAUGCCACAUUGCGAAACAAAGCCGUAAGAAGUCACAGAAGGAUAAAGUUCUCACUAAAGUAAUUUCGGACAUAAUAGAAACAUCGGCGUUUCAAUCUUCGCAGUGGGCACCAGAUGAAGACGCUGCCUUCGAAGGUCGAAACGUAUUGAUGACGAAAGACGACGAAUGUUCAGACUCCGAUGAAUCAGACGACCAAGAUGAAGUACGAAUAAUUCCUACAAGCAAAAAUGAUUAUCGAAAGAGAUGUGAAACUCCAUUAAAAGUUGAAUGUUAUCCAAAACCACAAUGUCACAAGUCUAAACAAAGUGACACACGCAGACCGAAGCGGAAGACGACAGUCUAUCAACCAACGCAAACACCAACCGGGCCAUCAACGUAUGUACCAACACAAACCAGUUGUUCUAGGAAUCGCCUGAUAGCACGCAGACAAAGAAAUCCCUGUUCCCCGUGUGAUUUAGGUCAGCGAGGAUCUUGUCUCUCUCGGCUUACUGAAUAUCCAUCAUCAGCCGACAUAAUAGACCCUAUGUCAAUUAAACGUCCAUGCAGACAGUCGAGGAAGUGCCCAAGUGAUGUUCAAUGUGCUAAGAAAUCGGCCACGGAUAUUAACUAUAAUUUACAACCAUUGCCUAGUCAUUGUGCAGUCAUCAAGAAGCGACAAUCUGAGACAUCUCCAUGCAAUAAUGAGACAUCAGAUUGUACAAUGUGUAUGAAGAAAGCAUCGCAAGGGACCCGCGAGACUGCAUCAGGAGAAACGGCUAUAAAGCCCCGAUGUAUAUUAUACCAAAAAGAUCCGAACAAAUCAAAGCACAGCCCGUGUAGCGACUGUCAAUGCCAUAAGAAGAAAAAAAGCUACAACGUAUGUCAAGUUCCCACACAAACGCUGCAACAAUGGCCGACACAUAGUAUUGAAACUGAAGAAAUCAAGGGCUAUCUCAGAUCAUUGUGUCGCAAUUGUCAAUGUGAGAAAUCCUAUGGAGAAUCGCAAACGCACAACCCGCAGGCGCAGACGAAGGUGUGGGUGAGUCCUAACAAGAGUAGUGAUCUACGCGGUUACUUGCAGACGACGUGGCGGAACUGUCAAUGCGGGAAAAUUAAAACAGUAGUUGAAACGAUUAACAAAAAUGGUACCAGAGUGAAUAGCAACUGCAUUACUACUGCGCCAGUCAUCCAGACAUUGUCGACAACUACUGUCGGCGCAGUCGGCAUCGACAACAGCGCCAUCUCUGUGUGCAGGAACUGCCAAUGCAUAAAGAAAAAACUUGGUCAGAAAAGUAAUAACACUCCACUGCGUAUGAAGAAAUCGUACGAUCAAACCGAAGCACAACGACGUGCGAUUAAUUUAAGCGCAAUGGAUCUACGUCGGUAUGAAGAUUGUGUUCGGAGUACAACCAGCUACGUAGCACCGACUUUUAAAGACCAGAUUGUACCUGAAUCAUCUUACGACGAUUUAAAUGCAGAAUAUGACACGAAACCAGUUAAAAAUAAAACAAGUAUAGAAGCAUCUACACUAGUCGAACAGAUCGUGAAACCUGAAAUACCCGAAAUACCGUCAGUAAAUUCUCUUCCAUCACUUGAUGAACGGAUACCGAAUCACCUUAUCGCUGAAUUACAAGAAACAAAGAAAGAACGGAAUGUUAAAACCACUGGAUGCACCACUGGAAUGGAGUUUCAAAAGAUCGACAAAUAUGUAUCAGCAGUAACGAAAAUGAGAUCUUCAUACAACGAAUCUAGACAUGCGAUAUUCGUGUCAGAUGUGGACACGUGUUGUUCAAUAGAUGAACUGAAGAGGAACUAUUCACGCGGCUGCAACAAGAAGAGUUCAUGCCACGGUCCUUGUAAGCCAUCGAAAAAAAAAGGAAAGAAAUGCGUCGAUCGUUCACAGAUUUUUCCAGAGAAACUGUCGUGUGGAGUGGAAUCGAGACGUGAAGAGACUAGUACUAAAAGAUUUCCUAGUGACUCACGCACUCGCGAACAAGUAUAUCAGCCUCGGGGCUGUGUGCCCUACAAGCCACCGCCGGGGACGACGAAGGAGACAUGCGAACGCGGCAGCUGCUUCCCAUCUCCAUGCGACAGUGAGAAGAAAUGCUGCGCAGACACCAAGCCUGAAAAGUUGCCGAGACGUAAAGAUUCGGAUAGACGCGUGACUGUAAAUUCUAAAGUGAAAACGAUAGAGCCUCCCAGCCCUUGUCCUACUGAACCUAUCAUAAAGAAAUGUGAGGAAGAAACAACUCAAAAAACCAGAGUUAUAGAAGUAAAACCUAAAGAAUCAAUAAAGUCUAUUUCACAAGAAUGUGGAUGUACUGGGGCACCUCCCACGGCACAAAGGUCGGUGUCAAGGGAAAAACAUAAAAAGAAAGUAGAUAAAUCAUCAUCAGCACACAGAGUGAAGAAACCGCAUACAGACGAUUGUAAACCAAAAACUAAACCUAUCCCAACACUAAAACCUAAACCAUCUUGUGAUAAACCAUCGAAGCACAAUAUUAAAAAUCUAUCAGAUACGAAGAAAAUAUCAACAGACAGAAGGAGAAGAAGGGACGAAGUUAGAGCUAAAAUUAAUACGUCUUUAAGUGACACCCAAACUUCUCGGGCAAGGCUCCGAUCUUCGUCCAACGAUAGUCGUAUGCGACCACCAUCAAGACAAACAUCGAAAACAAGAAAUAAAUCCGCACCGUGUAACUAUCGAAAACCAGAAAAUGAAAGUAAUAUAAAAAGUAACACGAAAACUGUACCCUCUAAGGAAACUACACCAACUAAUAAACCUUCAGAAGACAAAAUGCCUAAUAAAGCAAAGUCUGAUCCAUGUGAACCGAAAGUAUGCACUGAUGCCAGGAAGAUUUCAGCAACAACUCGUGAUGUUGCUGUGGAUAUAAGAUGUCCGAUCUGUACGUGCGCCACACAAUGCCACGGCACGCGGUGUUAUCGCAGCACUGAUAUUAUAAAUCCAAACUUGAAAGUAGAAAAAGAAGAAGUGGAAAGCCCAGACAACUCUUUGGAUGACGAUGCACUAUUUAGCGAUUAUACGAGCGAAGAAAUAACAGACACGACAUUACAAUCGCGCACCGUAUGCAGCAGAGUCGCUAUAGAAUAUUGCGACAAAGUAACAAAAAUUAAGCAUCCUUGCAAAACUUGUUGUAAAUCGAUUGAAAAAAUACGACGCAUAAAAAAAGUUAAUAAAGCGACAUGUACCAAAUCAAGAAGAUUAAAGGACGUGGGCACAAUAACGAAAGCUUGCAAAAGUGAUCGAAUACAGAGGAGGAGAAUUUGCAAGAGAGAUAGAGGUAUUUGCACUGAAGGGAAAUUGGUCACGUUUAAGAGUUGCACGCAAAUUAUUCCACCUUGUUGUCAUGACAUUUUGUCACCUUCGAGAUAUCUACUAGAGUCUCAAAGACACUACAAUGAAAUGUUCUCUUCAAAGUACCUCCACACGAAUAUGUGCCCUGCAUUUGUGUCUCAAAAACAAGGUUUUUGUGCUUCAAAGGUCAAACGAAAUUCAUUGAGAGGCUACAAGGCGAAGAAGCCGGAACAUCAUUCGUUGCGGCGGCAGACAAGUCCAAGAGCGAGCGAAGACCGCACUAGAUCUGACGACAGCACAAGACCUGCCAUUAGGCUUUUGAAAGGAAUGAGACGAUAUAGACUAAGAAACGAAGCUAAAUUAAACGCUGUGCGGGAACAAAAAUGGCAAAGGCAUGUUUAUGAAAGUCCCACAAACAAAAGUUUAACGAAAUCACAACAAAAUUUAUGUCUACAAUACGGUGCUGCCGAAGACAAAAGUAGCAGUUUAGCAGGGCACUGCAAUUCUGCGAGUAGUUUUUGAUGAAUGAUUGUUUUUAGUGCUGUUAAUUUUGGUGUCUUUACUGGGCGUUGCAAAUAAACAUGUAUUGUUUUGUUUUA